GAGAGCGACAUUAGAUGGCGUAACAGCCAACCAGAGUUGAUCACUAACACUUAAAGUAGCUUAAAGAAUCUAAAGUAAGGUUAUGAAGCAGCGUUAUUAGUUCAUAAAUAUUUGACCAAAAUGGAUGAUCAAGCUUGUCCAAGAUGCAAAACUACAAAAUAUCGAAAUCCGUCAUUAAAGAUGAUGGUAAAUGUUUGUGGACAUACUCUAUGCGAGAGCUGCGUAGAUCUAUUGUUUUUAAAAGGCUCCGGAUCCUGUCCAGAAUGUCAUAUUCCACUACGAAGAACAAAUUUUCGUGUUCAAAUGUUUGAAGAUCCUAUGGUAGAGAAGGAAGUAAAUAUAAGAAAAAAGAUACUUAGGGAUUUUAACAAAAAGGAAGAGGAUUUUGCUACAUUGCUAGAAUACAAUGAUUAUCUAGAAGCGGUUGAAAACAUAAUAUACAAUUUGGCCAAUGAUAUUGAUGUAGUUGAAACAAAUAAAAAAAUAGAUCAGUAUAAAAAAGAUAACAAGGAUCAAAUAAAUAAGAGUAAAUCCAAACUUGGUAGAAAAGAAUAUGAAUUAGAAGAACUUUUAGAAUUAGAAAAGCAGCAAGAAGAGGAAAGACGGUUAGAACUUGCUAAAGAAGAAAUGGAAGCAAAAAAGAAAAAAAUUAGAGAUAAGGAGGCUUUAAUAGAUGAACUUACAUUCUCAGAAGGGAAUGCUAAAAGUAUUGUUGAUACGUUUACAUCAGCGAUACAGAAUUCCAAGAAAGAAGCAAAGACCUCCUCUCCUAAACCUACUCAAUUUAGUACAGGAAUAAAGUUUGGAAAACAAGGAACGCAAAGCUACUUACAAAUUCCAAAAGCAGAAGAAGGACCAAUGUUUACAUAUAAUCCUAUUAGACAACAAACAGAAGGACCAGAUGUUCCUAGUUGGCGUGAAAUUCAAGCUCGAGGAUACAUAGCGCAUGUUCGUGCAGAGACAAAAGUGGAAAGAGCAGGAGGAUUCAAAGCACAUGUUGCUUGUUUAAGGGCAUUAGAAGAAGCUAUGGCUAGCUUAUAUCACAAUCCUUCACAGCAUACUACAGAAUUUACAACAGUUUGAUUCCAAGUAUUUUUGUAACUUUUUGUUUGUUUAUUUUAUUGUUGUUUUAUAAAUACAUUUAAACUAUGUGCCAAAAGCUGUAAGUGCCUCAGUUCUAUAAAUAUUGUCUUUAUCUCAAUAUACACUAUAGUAAACAAAUGAUAUUAAUAAUUUUACAAGCAAUAGAAAAUUUGUAUCUUAUAAGGGUACGGCAAUCAUAUGCAAUCUCUGAUUUCUUUUAAACUUUGCACACUUCCAGUGGUCCAUAACGAAUAUACAUUGUACUCUCACUUAUAUCUUUUACUUUGGUAGUAUAAUGAACAAAAUCAGAAGUUGCACAUGAUUGCCGUUUCCUUGUUAGGUUUUUUUUCAAUAUAUAUAUAUAUGGAAAUGUUCGUCUUAAUAAGAUUAAAUUUCAGUUAUAGUAAU